AUGUGCGAUCCCAUGACGUACCCAUUGCUUUUUCCGAAUGGUGACAAUGGAUGGGAUCAAAAUUUAAAACGAAGAAAUCUAAAUGAAGACCAAGAUAAUGUUUCCCAUGAUCAUGAUGAAGAACAAGAAUUAUUGGCUGAAGAAUCUAGAAUCGCAGACUUAAACGACGAAGAAGACCAGAUGCGAACUGAAAUUGUACCGGAACCAGAAUUUGAAACAGAAGUCGACAUUGAUCCUGAUGUUCCAGUACCAAUCUAUGACGUCAACCGAAGAGGACCGCGUUCCAGAAUAACUCAGUGUGAGUUUUAUAGUAGUCAACUCUCGAUACGUAAAGGGAUUUUUAAUGCGGUUUUAUACGGAGGACCGCUGUUUCAACAAUAUGUUGUUGAUGCGUACGUGAAAGUUGAGGCGAACAGGAUCCAUUACAUUCAAACGCAUCAAAAGGAUCUGCACGUCGCACAGUAUAAUGGUCUUAUGGACUAUAUUACGACGCGAGCUGAAAGAGACAACAUUACUGUAGGGACACCUGUGAUUUUACCUUCGUCUUUCAUAGGUAGUCCAAGAGCGAUGAAACAAGGAUAUCAAGAUGCAAUGGCUAUUUGCAGUAGAUUUGGAAAGCCGACUUAUUUCCUCACAUUUACCUGUAAUCCAAAGUGGCAAGAGAUUACGGAGAGCAUCGAGAGCUAUCAAGUAGCAGCCAACAGACCUAACGUUGUCGCAAGAGUCUAUCAACUUAAAUUAAAAGAACUCAUCAAAGAUAUUCAAGAAAAACAAAUUUUAGGGGUUGUUGUUGCAAGAAUUCACGUAAUUGAAUUUCAAAAGCGAGGCCUACCCCAUUGCCAUAUGUUGAUAUGGAUUGAUCAACAUGACGUUCCUACAACUGAAUCUGAAAUCGACAAGACAAUUUCAGCUGAAAUUCCGGAUCCAGAAACACACCCAGAACUUCACAAAAUAAUCAUGAGCAACAUGAUUCAUGGUCCGUGUGGUACCAUUAAUCCAAACUCACCCUGCAUGGAUGAAGACGAGACACCGGUAUUUCGUAUCCUCUAA